CUUGGAUGGUCUUCUAUGUGAACAACGCAUCAUGAAAACUAUGGCAGUAUCCCAGCUUUCAUUGGAAAUUACCUACUUAGCAACUCCAUCAACUCUUCAACCACCAUUUUUGUGGUCAUUUCUACCAUCAGAAACGUAGCCUGUCUUGGCACUGAGCCAACACGCGCACAGACCACCGUCAAAUGACCUCAUCGAAGCUAUUCCCACCCUUUUUUCCCCUCCUCCAACACACUUUGUCAACAAACAGCCCCCUCCUCAACCAUGGCGACCACCCCCUCCAACAAAAUGCGCCCAACGCCCCAUCUCCCACCCAACCUCCCCUCCCUCGUCGCAACCGCCUUCUCCCGCUCCGUAGCCACCAAAACCGUCAACUUCUACCCCACCUCCGUCACCCUUCUAACCAUCAACUCCAUUCCUUUCCAACUCCGCUACUCGCCCUCCCUGGCCUCAAAACCCAAACCCCCCAGCGUCACAACCCCCAAGCUCUUCUUCAACCCCUUCGCCUCCCCCACACAAGAAAUGCUCAUCACCCCUUUCGGAACGAGUCCCCCAUCGCACAACCUAGUCCUCAACAAAUUCGCCGUCGUCCCCGAGCACUUCAUCCUCUCCACCUCAGCCUUCAAACCCCAAACUCACCUCCUCGAAGCAGACGACUUGGCAGCUGCCUACGCGUGUAUUGAUGCGUACGCCCGGCACAACAAAGAGUUGUUCGUCUUCUUUAACUCAGGAGACCACAGCGGGGCGAGCCAGCCCCAUCGCCAUCUGCAACUGCUCCCGGUGGAGAACAUGAAGGAGGGGUUGGAGGGGGAAUGGGAUGUUCUUGCUAAGGGAUUGACAGACCCAAACACAAGGGGGAAGUUACCGUUUGAGGUUUUUGCUAGGGAUAUUGAAGGGUUGGGUGGUGAUGGAGAGGAACUGAGGAGGGUGUAUCUGGAGUUGUACAACCAAGCCUGCGAAGCAGUGUUGGGAGUAGCGGAGGAUAUCAAACACGAGGGCGAAGCGCAGAUAAGUUACAACCUCGCCAUGACAAACAACACAAUGGCGGUGGUGCCGCGGUUGACAGAGGGAGGGGUGGUCAGGGAUAAAGACGGGCAAGAGGUGGGAAACUUAGCGCUCAACGGGACUGUCCUCGCGGGGACGGCGCUGGUAAGGUCAGAGAUGGAGUGGAAUGCCCUGAGAGAGGAUCCAGACCAAGUCAACCAAGUGUUGGGGAGGAUAGGUGUGCCUAACCGGGCCAAGAUGUAAAUACGCUAUCAACUCAUUAUACUAAUAACUAAUUCUUUUUGUCUGCCAUCUUCCCGUUUUUGAACACCACUUUACAUGCGUU